AUGUCUACGGAUACGGAGGCGAAUUUACUUGCGUUAGCGGCUGUGUUCCGCAGGAGGAUCGAAGAAGGUGGAUACUUACCGGUGAAUUUUUCUUCAGCCGGCGGAGAAGCCGACGAGGACGGAGAAACCACCGAUCGUCGCGGUUCGGUGAUCCAGAGAGUGGUAGUGAUCAGAUCGCCUGUCGGACUCGAGGAUUUUUUGAACGACGACGGUUCCGGGAAACAGGGGAGAUCGCCGGCGUCGAAAUCGUCGGUGGAGAGUAUGCCACGUGUCGUGAUCGGAGGAGAUAAGGAGGCUGGAGGAGGAGGAGGGUGUUCGAUUUGUCUGGAGGAGUGGUCGGAAGGUGACGUGGCCGCGGAGAUGCCGUGCAAGCAUGAGUUUCACUCAAAGUGUGUGGAGGAGUGGUUGGGGAGGCACGCCACGUGUCCGCUGUGUAGGUACGAGAUGCCUGUUGAGGAAGUGGAAGGAGAGAAGAAAGUUGGGGUUUGGAUUGGUCUCUCUGUUAGCACCGGUGGAAGAAGAGACGGAGAAGACGGUGGUGAUUCGAACCCUCGAGAUGAGACAGAGGCUUAGGUACUGAAGACGAUGGUGAUUCGAACCCCUCGAGAUGAAACAGAGGCUUUAGGUUCAAGGCUUUUGAUUUGUGUUUGUGUAUAUAUUUAUUCCUUUUUAAGAUAUUUCCAAUCUUGUUACAAAAAAAAAAAGAAAGAUAUUUCCAAUCUUCAGUUAAGAAUUCGUUUGCUGAAA